CGGGAUGCGAGCCAAUGCAGAUGCACGUGUAUCGGAUGCAUUUUACGGAUAUCGCUGCCAAUAUUUUGUAUUUCCCGUUCUUUUCGAAUUACUUGUUUCAAGUAAAUCCACGCGGAAUCGAAACGUCGAAAUUUUUCAAACAGCUGUGAACGUUAAAAACCGGUGCGGUAGUGUUGGUGGCCUCGAAGCGAGUCCUUUUACGGCUGGGACGAGCAUCGAAAGCGGUCACCCUCCUUCUCCAUCCUCGACUUUGGUCCGCGGACACGAAAGGUAUCCGCCACCUACGGAUCUACGGUAACAGGAACGAACACGGACAAGCAAAAACGAACGGAACAAGAUCGGAAGGAGAAACGUCGAAAACUAGAUGCGAGUCUCGAGUCGCGUGUAUCGGUCACGAUGAGAUAAACCGGUGAGCGGCAACGGAGAGGAAAGAUGACGUUCAGCGGCCUAACCUGACGCAAACUGCAAAAAGUUUCGAUCGAAUUUUCUAUUAUCUCGACGAUUCGAACGAGUCGUGAAAAAUCUGUAAAAUUAUGUAAGGUGCGCAGAGAAGAUAUCCGAAGAUUUCGAGAGAAGCUUAGGCUAUCCUGGCAGCGAAAGAAAGAAGGAAAGAAGGAAAGAAAUAAACCGCGUAAGGCGAUAAGAUAUUAUAGUAAGGUACAUGCGGUAAGGUGUGAUCGGUAGAGGAAGAAAGUCGAAGCUAAAUGCCAGAUAAAAGAAGAAAAGCGAAGAAGGAGAAGAAGAAGAAGGAGGAAAGGGAAGGUUAGAGUCGGAGGGUAAAGUGUCCGGAGGCAGGAGAGAGCUGGUCUUGAAGGAGAGGAAUGGGUGCCGGGAUGGGCAGGAGCGGCACGAGCGGCGGCUUCCUCGAGGCACUUCCUACGGGAACGCCGCUCCACGUGGCUAUGCUUGGUCUGGACAGUGCAGGGAAAACCACCGCGUUAUAUCGGUUAAAAUUCGAUCAGUACCUCAACACCGUGCCCACUAUCGGUUUCAACUGCGAGAGAAUCCGUGGUGGCAUCGGAAAAGCGAAAGGUGUGAAUUUUCUCGUAUGGGACGUGGGCGGGCAAGAGAAAUUACGACCAUUAUGGAAAUCGUACACCCGUUGUACGGACGGUAUUAUCUUCGUGGUCGACUCCUGCGACGCGGAGCGGCUCGAGGAGGCGAAGAUGGAGCUGACCAGGACAGCUAGGAGCCCGGACAACGCCGGUGUACCCAUUUUGAUCCUGGCCAACAAACAAGAUCUGCCAGGCGCCAAAGAAGUGGGCGAGCUCGAGAAGCACCUGGGUGUUCUGGAACUGUCAGGAAUGCCGGGUAGCGCUUGUAUCAAGGUACAACCAGCGUGCGCCAUCACCGGCGAGGGUCUCCACGAAGGUUUGGACACGUUGUAUCAGCUGAUCCUGAAGCGACGUAAACUCGCGAAGCUGAACAGAAAACGGGCCAGGUAGGCCAGGGCUUCGGAGGACUGCACUUGCGUCUUCUGAUAUUGUAAGUCGCGAACAGUCUCUCCUUUGGAUACAGCCACGCCUUUCACGGUGUCUUCUUCCUCGUCCUCUUCGUCGUGCUGCGACAUUCGCGUCCACGACGCGUCCGUGUUCGAGUGAAUUCAGUCGCGUUCGCGUCGAGACGAGAAGAGCGUUUCAAGGUGCAUGCCAAUUGUCGAGUACGAUCCCGAAGGGGACAGCUUCGAAACGAUUCGAAUGCACGGAUCGGCGGGGUGGCUUCGAAAGCUCCGAAAACGAUUCUCUGCCGAUCUCGAAAGGCGCAAAAAAUCUGUCUUCCGAGAAAGAGUUUGACAACGGCGGCGACGACGACGACGACAACAGCAACAACAAUAAGAACAACUGGUUGUUACUUUCUGCCAAUCCGAACGAGUAUGAGAAUUGCCGAUUGUUGGAACAACGCGAACAACGAACGAUCUAGAUCUUAUUUCGGACCUACCGGCUACUUCCUGUCGAUCAGAAUCGGUACAACGUUCGAUUAAAAGUUCGAAAACCGAUCGUUAUUAUAAGGAUACAAACAACAGAGGCUAUAUGUCCGAUUUUCGACCUAACUCGGCUACUUUGAUCGAUCCUAGUCGAUUCGGAACCUAGUCUCCCUCGAGAAGCGAGUUGAAGCGAGAUAGAAUCGUAAGGAUACGAAGAGGAGAAAGCCCGGAUCACGAUCUGAACCUAAUUUAGACUAUUUUCUGUCGAUACGAACCGAUCUGAACCGGUUCGAAAGCCUAUCCUUCGCUGCGAAACACGUUCGAGGAUCGUGGAAUAAUAAAUUGUAAGGAUUUAAAGAAUUUUCCGACGGUAACGCGAGAGUUCCUUCGAAACUCCGUUGAUAGUCGAACGACAACGAAACAAAGUGCUUCUUCGCCCGUUCUAUAGAAGCUUUAUUUUGCCAAAUUCUCCAUCGCGAAAACGUUCCUCGAGAAACUUUUUUAACGAUUCGAUCGCCGAUAGAGUCUCGGCUUUACCGCGAAUAACGAUUACGCGUUUCCGGUGCAAGCUACCCCGAAUAUCGAAAACGCAUAGGUCAUUUUUCAGGGAAAGGAGAGAUCAUCGUCGGCUUCGUUGUCGAUAACGAUCGCGUCGAAACGUAUUCGUAACGGUGACGCGCGAAUUCGAUUUAAACGGAUCGAGAUACGUUACCCAAUAUUAACCUUUUGCCCUCGAGUAAUUGCGAAUAGUUCGAAGUUGAAGAAGUUUUUCUUAUUUUUACACCGAAAUUGAUGAGGGGACUUUUUCACCUAACCAGCGGAACAAAUUUCAAUCGAGAUGCUAAUAAUUAUUACCUUAUUACCAGAAAGUCGCAUUCGAGGUGCAGAGGGUUAAACGCUAGCAUACGUUUGUUUCAUUUAUUUAACAUGUGUCGUACGAAAGAAUAGAGAACGGAACUGAUGUAGCAAAGUCUGACGAGUAUGACACCGAUAGUCCAGAUGGAAGAAGAAAGACCCAAAAACCUCUUUAAAUCCUGGAAAACGGUCAAAAGAUAACGAUUCACCGAUCGUUUCGUAGAAAAUUUUCAAUCGAUGCAGCGAAUAGAAGAAGAAAACGACAGUAGACCUAUCGAUCGUGAUCAUCGCGACUAUCAGUAAUCGUAAACGAUAAAUAGAGGUGAAUCGUGAGCCCUAGGAGUUCCGACAACGAUCGUGCCUCUCCAAGUUUUUUGCACCUUUAUACAAGAAAGAGAGAAAGAGUGGGAGAGAGAGAGAGAGAGAGAGAGAGCGAACGCGUGAGAGAGAGAGAAUGAAAAACAAUGUAUAAAAUAUCAUGGCUUCUUCCUGAUGGACGAAACUUUUGUAAAAAAUGAAAAGGAAAAAAAAAUAGCUCGAUGCGAUAACGAACCCUUUCUUUUGCCCCGGAUAUUUAGUACAUUGUAUACGUGUACACGUGAGUCUGUAUCGUAUUUGUUGUAUCGAACAAAUGGAAAAAAUCAAUGGGAAAAGAUGAAUCGAUCGUUUUGAGCUCGGCGAAAAACAUAUCUCGGAAAAGUUGGAAGGUGCUGCUACGCGAUGAUACGUUCGUUAGUUGAAAUUUUGUUAUUAAUUAAAACGUUGAUCAUUUUGCGAUAUAUUUAGGUUAGUAGAAUUAAACGCGUCUUUUCGUAAGAUUAGCUGGACUUUUAUAAGAAUGUGUGCGGUGUUCGGUGUAGAGCUGAAAACGAUGGGUUGUUUUCGUGCCUGUGGAUUUUUUACCUUCGUCGAGAUCCUUCGACGCACGCACUUCCGUUCCAAGCAAUUCUUAUCGACCACCGUACACGACACACGAUAUAGGUACUUUCCGCGUACCGUUUUAUGAGCUACCUAUAUCGCGCUUCAAUUUAAUCUUUCUUCGACUUUUAAUAUUCAACUUUAUUUUAGGAAAUUUUGCCAUAUCUUUACGUAAACGUAGUUAGUGUAUCCGCUUAAAAAAAUGUUGGUUCGAAUUCGGAUUUUAUAAGCAUUUAUCUAAAUUUUUAUUAAUUAUCGCAUGAUCGCGACUGAAACCGUUAUCGGUCUCUUUUUUAUCGGAAACAUUGUAAAAUUUUCUGAACCAUCGUGAUAAGCAAAAUUAAUAGUAGCAUAUAAACGUCGUACUCUUGGAAAAAUAUUAUACGAUUGCGAGUGGUUAGGUAAAUGCAAACAAAGCGGCCAUAUUUUCGAACGAUUCACGCACAAAAGAAAGCACAACUCUUUCGUGAUAAUCGGUACCUGACGAAUUAAGAAAAAAAAUAAUCCUUUUUUUUUAUUUGUAAAUUGUCGCGUUUAAUGGUCAAGAUGAGAAUUGCUUAGAUUUCAAAUAUUUCGAUUUUGGAUCUCGUACAUCGCGAAAAACACGAACACUGUCUGAACGAGCGAUUUUAUUCGGUGUUCUCGUGGCUCUCCCUUCUUUGUUUCGAUAUAUGCGCUUCGUCGUCGCAAUUAUUUCCGAUAUCUUGAAUAAAUUGUUUCUAAAACGAAAGAAAAUAAACCGACAGAAUCGGGCCGAAGUAUCGAUUAUCAACGUCGAAUUUCUAUGAAACAACGUUCACGGAAUCUAAGACGAAGAAGAAGAACGAUACCGUUAUUAGCUUGUCGAUUCUAUCGACAAAUAGUAAAUAGGAGAAGAACCGAAACGGUGGUCGAGCAUUAAACUUCGGUUUGGUCGCUUUAAUGUCGGAUGAAAGAAAUUUACUGAUUAUUUAUUGCGGUGCACAGAUCGAUAUUAUGGCAAGAGACGGAGGGUGGAACGCGAGACCGGAAACGGUGGUUUUGCGGUGAACGAUACACGCGACACAUUUAUUAUCCGGAACACCGAUCUCCUGUGAGACGGAAGUCGCAAUAGAGUCGGAAGUGUUGUUCGCGAAAAUGAAGACUGACAGAAAGCUGCCGUUCCUAAAUGUAUUUCGUCGAACGAAUCAUCGGUGCAUCACCGGAUCACGGUGUUCAUCGGAAGCACAAAUUUUUUCUUUUUUAACAGAGCAUAACAAUUUUCGCUUCGUACGUUAAAGCAUACCGGGAGAUGAAACGAAGAGAUAUAUUCGUAGAAAUGUUAACAUUCGCGCGUCUAUUAUUCAUGAAUUAUUACGAAAGAAAAAAGGUAGAAGAAGAAAAGUUGGCAUCAUCGCUUCGUAAAUUUGUCGAACGUGGAAAUCGAAAUCGAUUUACCGUCUAUCGUGUUACCGCCAAUCGGACGGUCGUGAGAGAAUAUCUGGGAAAAUUGUGAUAUAAACGUGGCAAGAAGAAGAAUGCUGUUUUUGCGGGAAAGUUUGCGCAGCGGGAACCGUGUCAUCGACGGUAUGCAAACGUAAGGAAAAGUAGAACGAAGGAAAUAAAGAUGCAUCGGGGGGCGAUGCGUGAAAUGGAACGUCGCGACGCGUCGAGAAAACCGGAAAACUAUCGAACACUCGAUAUCGCGUGUUCCUCCUUAUCUCUAGGAAAUAGACAAGUUUGAUCAAAUUCUGUCUGUUUAACGUUCACUUUAGUUCAGCCAAUUUGGAAGAAGUUCCGGUGCCAUUUAUCGACUACCUGUACUUUCAUUUUGUCUCGAACGUUUCGGAAGGGUUACGCCACGAGAACGCGCGAUUUAUCCCGUAUAUCGAUGAAACAGAGGAACGAAUGAACGAAAUUAAAGCAACUAAAAAGAAAUUUUGACUGUAACGAGUGACCGAUGCUAGUCGACCCGAGAAUUAUAUCGAGGAGCAAAUCGUAACGAGUAUAAUCAUUGGCGUAAUUGGGAUUUUUGUUCGGAAUGGACCCGCAGCUCCCCUUUCUUCGUCGAAGAGACAGGAGCGAUAUUUGGAAAUUUUUACGUCGCCGAUGCAAAGUAUCUCGCACCGCGCGAGAAGACUGAGCUCGUAUUUCGAAGAGAGGGCUACGAACAUUCUGGUUUUACCUACUUACGCCAACGAGUAUAAAACAGAAUUUAUACUGUAAGGACACUUUGUAAAUAGAUAAUCGCAGGCUGUAAGUUUCGUAGGAUUUCCUGGUCACUGGAAAAUUCGUUGGCGUAGAUCGAUAGUUGACGGUUACCGUUCAUUUUCCUAAGUAUCUUGCGUUAUGGAUCGAAUAAUUCGGAAAGAAAGUAAUUCGAUUAGAAUUUCGAUGCAUAAUUAUUUAUAAGAAUUUCAUUGUUUCGUAUACUGUAAAUAAAAAUUACCAAAGCAAAGUGCACGAAACUAUGGUAUUCGUUAUAAUCGUUUUAAUCGAACAACGAGAGUUUACUUUCCAAUUCGCUUUUAUAAAUUUCAAAGUAUUGUCGCGAGCAAUGAAAGGAAAGGAAAGAAAAGAAAAGAAAAGAACAUAGCAGCUAUCAACAUAUCAGCAACGAUUUAAGAAACGAUAAACGUUGGUUAAUUAAUCGGUCGGCUCGAUUCGAUAAGCGCCAGCGAAUUUUCAGGCUGAAAUGGAAGUCGACCAAUAUCUGUCGAAUAUGGUUGUUGUUUUUUAUAUCGACUGUCGUUCAAAAUUCUAUUGUAUACUAUACUUGCCCUUGUUGUGUUUUAUUACCUUUCAAAUAUUUUAUCUCGUGCUUCGAUCGAACGAUAGAUCGUAUAUUUGUGUAUUAUCGGAUUACCUACGAUUUAACGAUAGCGAUGAACGAACAAUUGUAAAAAAAAGAAAAGGAUCAUGUUUUUACCGUAACGAGAACAAUUAUCGCAUUGUCGUUCGCUGCUUGAAGAAAAAUAUUCGUAUAUUUGUGUAGUAGUCUCGCCGGUGCGGUAUUGCGCGCGUACGUACGUUGCGAGUACGCGUACGAUGGUCGACGGUGCACCAUACCACCUUCAGACUGGAUGGAUCCUUUUCGAUCGUCGGCAACAAUUUUUUUCCAAAUAAAUUCCGUUAUGUUUUAA